AUGAGAAAUCUAACAAAGGAAGUUUGUAACGCCAUUAAGGACGGCAACACUCACACUGUGAUUAGAUUGCUAAACGAAGGGGUACCAAUGACUAUCGAGCACUUUGUUCUCGCAACACAGAUGAAACGUUAUGAUGUCCUUAAGCUGUAUCUUGAUCGUGGAUGGGAUAUAAAUACUGAUGUCAGCACACUAAUAGCAUCAGCGGUUGUGUACACCUUUGAUGACAUGGAACUCCUCGCAUGGUUUUUGAAGCAUGGCGCUGAUUUAAACAAACGUUGUCACAUCCGUGAUUUUACCCCAUUGUCCCAUGCUGUUCUAGAGGGUACAUUAGAAACUAUCGAGAUACUCUUCCGAAACGGAGGCUCGGCUGCCCAUGGCCAGUUAUUACACUACGCAGCAAUGCGCGAAGGUACAGACAGCUUGGCAGUUCUGGAAUAUAUCUAUAACCAGGACCCAGAGGCAAAUGCUUUAAGUGUGAACAAGCUGCUGGACCAGGAUUCUCCUACGGAUUUCGCGAUGAACUAUAGAGCAGGGCUCGGCACUCCACUUCAUUACGCUGCACUUGCUGGGUCAUUGGAUUCCGUGAAGUUUCUAGUGGAGAAAGGGGGAGACCCUUGGAUCUUGGAUCCCUACCGUCGAACGGCGUUAAGCUUGGCGAUCUACAAUAACCAAGAGCAUGUGGCUCAAUUUCUCAGAGGUCUCAUGAACUCUAUGCCAUCCAACUCAGGAAAGGAAGAAUCCAAUAGCGCCAGUGCAACG